GCUUCCGGUUAGGUGGUGCUUGCGCGCGUGAGCUGAGCCGGUGGGUGAGCUGUGGCAGUGGCAACUUGGGCUGUAGGUGCUACCAGGGAAGAUCUGAUUAUCAUGGACCUGAGACAGUUUCUUAUGUGCCUGUCCCUGUGCACAGCCUUUGCCUUGAGCAAGCCCACAGAAAAGAAGGACCGUGUACAUCAUGAGCCUCAGCUCAGUGACAAGGUUCACAAUGAUGCUCAGAGUUUUGAUUAUGACCAUGAUGCCUUCUUGGGUGCUGAAGAAGCAAAGACCUUUGAUCAGCUGACUCCAGAAGAGAGCAAGGAAAGGCUUGGAAAGAUUGUAAGUAAAAUAGAUGGCGACAAGGACGGGUUUGUCACUGUGGAUGAGCUCAAAGACUGGAUUAAAUUUGCACAAAAGCGCUGGAUUUACGAGGAUGUAGAGCGACAGUGGAAGGGGCAUGACCUCAAUGAGGACGGCCUCGUUUCCUGGGAGGAAUAUAAAAAUGCCACCUACGGCUACGUUUUAGAUGAUCCAGACCCUGAUGAUGGAUUUAACUAUAAACAGAUGAUGGUUAGAGAUGCGCGGAGGUUUAAAAUGGCAGACAAGGAUGGAGACCUCAUUGCCACAAAGGAGGAAUUCACAGCUUUCCUGCACCCUGAGGAGUAUGACUACAUGAAAGAUAUAGUAGUACAGGAAACAAUGGAGGAUAUAGAUAAGAAUGCUGAUGGUUUCAUUGAUCUAGAAGAGUAUAUUGGUGACAUGUACAGCCAUGAUGGAAAUGCUGAUGAACCAGAAUGGGUAAAGACGGAGAGAGAACAGUUUGUUGAGUUUCGAGAUAAGAACCGUGAUGGGAAGAUGGACAAGGAAGAGACCAAAGAUUGGAUCCUCCCCUCAGACUAUGAUCAUGCAGAGGCAGAAGCCAGGCACCUAGUCUAUGAGUCAGACCAAAACAAGGAUGGCAAGCUUACCAAGGAGGAGAUUGUUGACAAGUAUGAUUUAUUUGUGGGCAGCCAGGCCACAGAUUUUGGUGAGGCCUUAGUACGACAUGAUGAGUUCUGAGCUGCAGACAGAGGAACCCACGUUUCUCCAAAAAUAAUUUAUUUUUACAGCUUCUGGUUUCACGUGUAAUUGUUGGCGCUACUGAGACUGGUAUUACAAACUUUUUAAGACGUGAAAAAAACAACAAAAACCAUCCCGUCCCCAUUCCUUCUCCUCUCUGAGGGACUGGAGGAAAACCGUGCUUCUGAGGAACAACUAAAUAGUACACUUGUGUUUGUAGAUUUACACUUUGUAUUAUGUAUAACAUGGUGUGUUUAUUUUUAUAUUUGUUCUCUGGUUGGGGGUAUGAUACGAAGGAUCAAGAUCCUCAGCUCAUACUUGUAGGCAAAGAGUAGCCCUUCACUCUUUCUCAACCCUUACUUACCAUGUAAUUUUUAUAGUUCUGACUUAACUCAUUUUUUAAGCCUGAGAUCAGUAAGAAAUGUUUGGAAGAGAGAAAAAAGAAAAAAUAUACCCCACAGUUUAUAUUUAGAGAUAAUAAUCUUGCCUAUUGAAAAGUGUAUUUCAUCAGUAGUAGGGGCCAUAUAUUCUUUUCAGUUGCUAUGGGCCAGCAGCUGAUCCUGGCAUUACCUGGGCAGGGGCAGAUCCCUGUGCUGUAAGAAAGCUUGGCUCAACCUGAUUUCAUUCAUCUCCGCCCCCCCCCCCGCGCCCCCCCCCUGUAGGACUAGCUGUUUGCUAAUUUUGUCAAGCACAGCUGUGGUAGGAAGAGUUAAGGCCAGUGUCUUGAAAAUCAAGUAGUGAGUAUGAUCUUUUUACAGAGCUAUACAUAGCAACAGCUGGAAAACUAAAGGAAUAAUGCAAGUGUUUUCGGGGCACACACUCUUUUCUGGAUGUGCAUCUGUUGAGGUGCUCAAGGCUGUCUUGUCUGUUGAAUCACUGUAAGUGCCCCAUUAGGCGCCUAUUUCCCCAGGUGUUCCAAAUAAUUAAUUUUGCUUUCACUGAGAUUAAAAUAUGCUUGUUUCCAAUCAUGUCUUUGAAAGUGCCUUUAACAACAGAAAUGAUCACUGAAUGAGGAUUCUCUUAAAUUCUAAGGUAAAAUAAAGAGAAGAUUAUUUGGACCACCUUAUAUGAAAGAUUAGAGCUUCCCAGUGUAGUGGGGAUUUUUUUUUUUUCCUUCUCUUUCAGACAGUGGUUAGAUAGCAGUAUUAGUUAGGAGCUCAGUUGCAGUGUUUUUGUUUUAUGGGCUGGUUUCCAAAAACCACAUGCUGCUGAAUUUACCAGGGAUCCUCAUACCUCAGAAUGCUAACCACUUACUACCAGGCCUGUUUCUGUGUCGACUGGAGAGCUUGAGCUCAGACUCAAGGAUGAGAGGGCCUACGGAGAGGGCUCUUUGGUGUGAGGACCAUCGCUUACCCUUCCUGCCUGUGACCUGUCACCCCCUGUUCCCCGGUCACUCCCUGUUCCCCGUCACUCCCUCUCCCCACUGCCAAAAUAAAAGUUUAUCUUGGAUCAACAGAUUGCCAGUCCUUAUCAAAGAGAGGGGCAUUGUAGAAAGAGCAGAAGAAACCGUCCUCUGUUCCCAACUCACUUUACUCCUAUUUUACAUAAUACAAACCCUUUUUGGUCCCUUUCUUACAGAUGGACCUCUUUUGACAGAAUUUAUUGUAUUCCCAAGUUUUUAGCCCUCAGGUUACUAAGAUAAAUAUAUGUAUAUCUAACCAUUAUUAUUUCAUAUAUCUUUCUGAGUAAUGUCCAGGCAGUGCUGGGUGAUUAUUAGAACCUGAACCUACGUGUAUCCUUUGGUCUUCCAUGAUCGUGUUGAGGUGGGCUACUUGGCCUGGUAAAAAGCCAGAUGUGUAACUUCACCCCAGCCUUUGCAUUGAGCUCUUGAGAGUGGAUACACUCGUUUAAGUUUAACCCCAGUAUAGGGGGCAUGGAAGUUCUCUGCCCUCCAGAUUCCCCAUUUUUACUGUUAAGAUCAGAGAUAACUAAUAAUGCCACCACCCUGGCUUAGUUAGAGAGAGCCUCGCAACUCACUAAGGACAGAGAACCCAGGCCUUAUGGUAAAGUCACAAUUUAGAAAACGAGCCUUCAUCUGCUAAGACAGCAACUUCUGGAUGCUGGGUGCUCAGCAGCCAACACUGUACUUUAAUGAUCCCCUGAGAUGAUGACGAUUAUUUUUGGUUUAAACCAAGCCUGGGGCUGGGGGACAGUGGCCGCGCACCCACAUUGUGUGUCCUGUGAAUGCUAGCUCUCUUGAGUUUGGAGGUUGGUUAUUUUUUAUAGAGUGUAAACCAAGUUUUAUAUUCUGUAAUGCAAACAGGUACCUAUCUGUUUCUAAAUAAAACUGUUUACAUUCA